GAAACAGUCAAAAUUAAUCAGUCGUAUGUACAGUGGCGUAUCAUGCACAGCACCGCGCGCGCGCUGGACUUAGCACAACACUGAUUACAACCGAAUUAAAAAGUAUCGAGCUACAGCGCACGAUGCGGACAGAAAGACCAUAUGACUAUGACAUAGUACACGAUACUGAGCUCUUGGAAGACGACGCAGUACCGAACGCCGCAAUGGAUAAGGGGGGCAAGAAAGGUGACAGCACAGCUGUCUCACUCGACGAAGCCAUGCUGCUAUCGGGUUUCGGACUCUACAACAUCCUGCACAUGCUGAUGUCUGGUCUGAUCCUCAUGGGCAUGAUCAUGCAGAGCCUGGCGCUCGGCUACAUCCUGCCGGCCGCGCAGUGCGACCUCGAGCUGUCGCUGCAGCAACGAGGCUGGCUCUCUGCUAUACCCUUCUUAGCUAUAAUCCUGACGUCAUACUUCUGGGGCUGGCUGGCGGACACGCGUGGCCGUCGCCCGGUCAUGCUGUUCUCCAUGCUGGUCUCCGCCAUCUUCUCCGCCUUCGCCAGCUUCGCGCCAGAAGUCGUCUCCUUCAGCGUGCUUCUCUUCUUAUCCGCUGUAUUCAUGUCGGGCUCAUCCGCUGUGGUGUACACGUACCUGGGCGAGUUCAACAACCUCCGGCACAGAGACAAGAUGGUGGCUUUCGGCUCCUCCUUCGUCGGUAUCGGAACUGUCAUCCUACCAUGUGUAUCCUGGCUCAUCCUUCCUCUUGAGUUCUCAUACCCGAUGCCGUUCUUGGGCAUCGAGUACCGUCCCUGGCGGCUGCUGGUGGUGGCGUGUGCGUUACCCUUCGCCCUCGCCACCGUACUGCUGCUCUUCGCACCUGAGAGCCCCAAGUUCCUGUUCGCCACUGGCAACUAUGACGCAGCCUUCGAUGUUGUGAAGAAGAUCUAUGUUACUAACACGAGGACCACUGUUGAUACUUUCCCUGCUAAAUCCUUGAUUGUGGACUCACAAACGAAGCACACGAGUCCGAAGGGCGCCGCGGCUAUCUGGGCCUCCAUGAAGGAGCAGACAGUGCCGCUGUUCAAGUCACCGCUGCUGCCCUGGACAGCACUCACAUGCUUCGUGCAAUUCGGGAUCUUUGCCACAACUAACGGUUUCUACGUGUGGUUCCCGUCGAUCCUGAACUCGCUGGCAAACCACGAAGGUGGCGAGACCAAGAUCUGCGACGUGCUCGACGCCGGCAAAGACGCAGUCAGUAACGGUACCUUGAUCUGUGACGACACGAUCCACACGUCCACCUUCGAGCGCUCGAUCUACAUCGGCCUAGUCUUCUCAUCCAUGUACAUCAUCGUGGGCUUCCUCGUGGACUACGUGGGCAAAAAGCCCAUCCUCGUGGUGAUCCUGUUCUUCACCGGCAUCAGCGGCAUAUCCGCCCACCUCGUGUACAACCAGCAGAUCGGGGUUGUACUGUUCGCCGUCUUCCAGAUGUGCGGCGCCUGUAUUGGACUUAUGAAUGCUGUUGCAGUUGAACUUUUCCCGACUAAAUACAGGGCUAUGGCCAUCUGUCUGUCCAUGAUGAUGGGCCGUGUGGGCUCCAUGGUGGGCUCGAACCUCAUCGGUCUCUUCCUAGAAGUAAACUGCGGCGCUGGCUUCUACCUGUUUGGAUCACUUAUUAUUGUGAACUCCCUAUUCUGCCUAACUCUACCAAACAAGAAAUCAAUUCCACAAAAGAAGAUUGUUGUGGAGUCGACGCAGAACGAGACUCACGAACCUGUAUGAAGCCGCCCCCGCAAGAAACCUGGAUACAUGAAAUUCUGUUUACAAGUUGAAGGAGGCGUAAACAUAAAAUAAUGUUAUCCUUAUCUUCAUCGAACCUCCACAGAGGCUAUUAUUGUCGAUGGACACGAAUUUCGUUUAUGAAACGACGAUCUGUCACUAUUAUGUCAAGUUAUGUAGUUCACUCAAUCGAAUGAAUGAUCGAAUGAAGUUUUUGUAUUAUUAACCUGAAUGAAAGAGUCAUGUUAAAAUAUUCACCACCAAAGAUUGUUUUACAAUAGUAUUCUAUUACUAGUAGACUAGAAAAUAGUUUAUUUAUUGGUAAGGACGCGCCAUUUCUAAUACUUAUGUAAUAUUACUAGAAGAUAGAUUUGAAUGAAAGUAUUUGAUACUUAUAACUAACGUCAAAGAGAUUGAAUGUUAUGUAGGUUAGUCUAGUUGUAUUUGGUCCAAGAAGGACAACUGCCAUAUAAAAUAUGUUACAUUAAUUAUUUCUAAGCGUAAAACGAUAUACUUAAUGAAUAUUUGUUAUUAAAAUAUUUUUAACAUACCUA